AUGGAGAAGGAAGUCGUCGCAAAAAAACCGCUUUCGAAAGGUCAGACAGUGGCCAUCAUCGCGACAUGUACGCUGGCAAUGUGGGUGAACAGCUCGAACAACACUUCAGCAGCAGUGUCUCUGCCGUCCAUAGGAAGAGAACUGCAUAUCGAACAAACCCAGCUUGAAUGGCUCGUCUCAUCGUACGCUUUGAGUUCUGGUUGUCUCUUCCCCAUGUUCGGACGCGUUGCAGAUCUGUAUGGUCGCAAAAUAACAUUCCUGCUCGGUUCCGCAUGGCUCGCCGUCUUCACACUUGCCUGCGGGUUUGCUAAAGAUGAAAUUGUCCUCGAUGUACUUCGUGGUUUGCAAGGUGUCGGAGCCGCAGCAGCCCUUCCAGCAUCAAUGGGUGUUCUCGCACAUUCUUUCCCUCCCGGCCGAACGCGGUCCAUUGCGUUCGCUUCUUUUGCCGCUGGAGCACCGUUGGGUGGGUUUACGGGACAAGCAUUGGGUGGUACCUUGAUCCAGCUCUCAGACCCUACUUGGCGGAGCAACUUCUUUCUGUCAAGUGGCCUGACAUUGAUGUUCCUGCUUAUGGGCCUUUGGUGCAUUCCGAAAGAUGAACCAUCAACCGAAGCCGAUCGUCGCAUCGAUUGGCUGGGAGCGUUUUUAAUAACCGCCGGACUAGUCCUCAUAGUCUUUGUUCUAAGUGAUGGGGAGAUUGCUCCGAAUAAAUGGGCGACCUCUUAUAUCAUUGCUCUUCUCAUCGUCGGUGUGCUCAUCAUUGGAAUAUUCCUGGCCUGGCAAUGGUAUCUUGAGCGCGUACAGCUCGAUCCAAACGCACCGUAUUCGAUGUGGACUCCUCCCCCGAUGAUGAAGCUCUCCCUAUGGAGCAAGGGAAACGGAAAAUUUGCCGCAAUUAUGCUCAUCGUCUUGUUCACCUUUGCCUCGUUCCUAGCAUGGAAUUUUUGGGCACAGCUGUUCUAUCAAAAUUACGAGGAUUACACACCUAUUCUCACUAUGGUUAGGUUCAUUCCCAUGUUCGUCACGGGGAUCAUCCUCAAUACCAUUGUUGUUUUGAUUAUUGCGCGCGUUUCUAUUGUAUGGAUUUUGGCUACCGGAACACUGACCACUGGCUGCGCAUCCUUGUUCUUUGCCCUGAUCGACCCCAAUGCUUCAUAUUGGCGAUUCGGUUUCCCUAGUGCCAUCUUGUCCGUGUUUGGUGCCGAUUUCGUCUUUGCGUCAGGGACAAUCUUUGUCGCGAAGAUUGUCGAACCCCAUGAGCAAAGCCUUUCCGGCGCUUUGUUCCAAACAAUGAACCAGGUCGGAACAGCUUUGGGUGUAACAGUCACGACCAUCAUCUACAAUCGAGUCGUUGCACAAAAUUCAGCAAAAAUGGGAGUUAUUGUCGACGUCAGUAAUAGCAAUGCCCCUCGAGAAGCAUUACUGGACGGCUACAAAGCCGCAGCAUGGGGCUCAUUUGCUUUCGGAGUCGUUGGUACCAUAUUCGCGGUCCUUUUUUUCUGGAACGUUGGCAUAGUGGCUGAUCAUGGGCCUCAAGAGGCUGAUGUCAUUGACUCCGCACCAUCGACUGCGUCGCAAACAAUGCCGACUUCUACUAUUGAUUUGGAGAAGGGUGUAUCAGAUUCGAGACUUAUCACUCGCACUCCGUCUAUCGAGUCUCGGUGA